AUGGAUCGUCAACCUUCGCACGAUGUCCUGAACAACUCGGCUCAUGACAAGAUCCUGGAUCCUCCUGGCAAUGACACGAAGAGUGCUGCCAGCCAGUCGGCCAGCUCUUCAGCGCCGAGCAACACCACCGUCGGAAAUGUCCUAGGCGAUAUUUCACACCAAGAGUCGCGGCCUCCAUAUCAUCCCCCUUCCUCCCAGGCAAAUCAUCAGCUUGACGAUAAACAAGCACAAGGCACCAGACAAGGACCAGCAGACACGCCAAAUGGAGAGAGACACGGAGACGCUCAUGGCGACACCAUCACAUCGCCUCUUAACCCAAGCCAGAAACCCCAAGCACAGCCGGCAGAAAGCCGCCCAAGCCAGCCAACGCCCUCAGAGCGUGCCGCCAGACCAAUGUCCAUAUCGUCCCUCCUGACUCACCCAAACGGCGUCUACAUGUUCCCCGAGCUCUCCGCCUCAGAGCAGGACGCGCUCUCUCGCGAAGCCCUCGCGGAAGCCGAAGAGUCCAUCGUCGCCGACAUCCCCGAGAGCGUCCACGGCGGACCCGACGACUCUGCCUCGGACGCCGGCUACGACAGCGACAGCGUCAGCUCCGCGAGCACGUCCGCCAUGUCCUCCGUCCGCGACUACAUGUACGAGAAUGGCCGCCGCUAUCACCGCUUCCGCGAGGGCAGCUACAACUUCCCCAACGACGACGUGGAGCAGGAGAG